AUGGCAUCCACAACAGAGUCUCUUUCCAGAAGCCCAUUUCAAGCCGAUCAACACACAAGUGGAUCUCACAAGUCCAUUCCAAUCCUUCCGUCCACUUCAGCAUCCUCGAAUUUAUCGGUCCCGGGCGAUCCGAUGGAUGUUUCACCUUCCCACGACCAAACUAUGGGACCACCGGCUAUGAGUAGCCCCUCCGCUGAGCGCACUGGACCUAGCAAUAGCCAACUGCAUGUCUCCAACCAAGAUACGGAGGGUACGAAUGGUAAUACCGGCUCGGCAGUCGGAGCUGCUGCCGCUGCACAGCAGCCAAAAGUAGUGCAGACCGCUUUUAUUCAUAAACUAUAUAACAUGCUAGAAGAUCAAACUAUACAACAUUUGAUCUCGUGGUCCAGUACCAACGAAAGUUUCGUCAUGUCUCCCUCGAGCGAGUUCUCAAAAGUUCUGUCGUCUCGUGGAUCAUAUUUCAAGCACACAAAUAUAUCGUCAUUUGUUCGACAAUUGAACAUGUACGGCUUUCACAAAGUCAGCGACGUCUUCCACACGGGCUCACCAGACACCCCUUUGUGGGAAUUUAAACACGGGAAUGGCAACUUCAAGAGAGGCGAUCUUAUUGGCCUGAGAGAAAUCAAGCGCCGUGCUUCGCGUCAUGCGUUGAUUCAUCGAGACUCUUUCUCUACAGGCCCAAAACCCCCCACAGGACCACCAACAGGAGCUCCUGUGGACGCCAUGCCAGAUCCUAUUGAAGCCCGGUUGGUAAUUUUGGAACAGUAUGCACAGGACGCAUGGCAACGACUGGCACGCAGUGAAGAUGGCGCCGCUUAUUUGAACAAAAAAUGUGAUAUACUCACGGAGAAUCUCAUGCGGAGCUACCAGUGCAACAUCGAUCUAGCCAAUAUGAUCGCAGGAAUAGUCCAGAAUCCCGAAGAUCAAAUACAUAAAGAUGCCAUGACCAUGCGACAUGAAGUUCAGCGACAACUGGAAUACUUACACGACCCUACGGAAUCGCUCCCUUCGGCAAGACAAGCUAUAUUUUCGAACUUCGGUCACGAAGGUGGGAUGCCAUUAUCUCCUCGACAGGUGCCGCAAUCUGAAUCUCGGCGAGGCUCGCUCGCGAAUAUAAACCAGCCAGGGCAGUUUAGAACUCCAGCUGCGCCCCACCUGGCCAUAUCACCAAGGCGGUACGGCUCUAUCGGCGCCGGUGCCUACUCCCCAUCGCAACGCACACCAAUUCAUGCACAAGCUCCUCCGCCACCGCCUCCCCCAACGAUUCAGCACCCUCUCGCGAACUCUUCAACAAAUGACUCGCCGCCAAUGAAUCUUUCGAGAAGACACACGUCCGCAGAUAUUCGAUUACACGGCUGGCAAGGACCUCCUCCAGUGCCGUCACCUUAUGCCUCAGGCAAUAAUAGCUCCCAAUGGCCCUCGUCUCCACAUCGAGGUCCCUUAGUUACUGGAGAUCAACAAAUUCGAGAUCAGCUUGCACAGUAUGAGUUCAGCCGCCCACGCCCACAAGGAUCACGCCAAGCGACGCCUCCAAUGACUGGGGAACAAGGCUCAUCACUUAAUCCAGAUGCUGGCUGGACACUGCCGGGCGCCAAGUUCCCUUUCAGAGGUAUUGACACCUCUGCACCUCCUACGCGUCGCUCGAGUAUGGCAUCGAAUGUCCAUUCUUUGUUGAAUCCUGCAGAAACUGCAGAACGAGCCGACGAGGACGAGCCAAUGGACGAUCGUAAAAGGAAGCGCCUGGGAUGA